CAUAAAUGUUCUGUGCUUUCACUGUUUCCUGAGAUGAAUCUCAGACUCUUAGUGCACAUAGAGAAGAAAUCUAAGCAUGGUUCACCUUAGGAUUUUUUGAAAUGACCAAUAUUAUUUGGCUUUGUUUCGAUAUCAUUUUGAGGGUGGAUGGCCUUGUUGUUGUUUGACACAUGAAAGGAACACAAGAGGUAAAAAAAACUAGGGGAAGGAAAUUUCAGUGGCCGGUGUAACUUGCCUUAGAUCUAGGGAACCAAUCUUCUCAUUUGGGGAUCAAAAGGAGGUAGAAAUAGAAGGUUUUGGGACAUCACUUGUGCCUUGUUGUCAAAUAGGAUUAAAAAUAUAAGUCCAAAAACAGUUGAUUUUGGAAUGGAUCUUGUGGGCUGUUCUACUAUCUAGCUUUACUGCUUCAAUAUAGCCAUUGGAUUUUGAUGCCCAAAGAAACUUCUUUGUGUUUUGAUGCCGAUUGAGCCCAAUCAUAGGAAGGAGGCCUAAGGAAAAAGUAGUUAGGGGCUAGCAGCUUAUAGGAUACUGGUGUAUAAGGCUAUUGCUAUAAGGCAAAGUAAGUAAACCAAUGGAGGAAAUAUCUUCGAGUGUUGCAGUACCAUUUGCACUUGGAAAUCUGAUUCAAAAGGAGUCUGCAGUGGCUACCCACAUGGAGAUAACUGGGCUAAAGCUUAUGGCAAAUACAGCAGCAGCUUUAAUAUUGAAUCCUGCAGUGGAGGAUUGUCAAUCAUAUUCUGUUGGAAGUGAAAACCAUGCAGAUGUUAGUCUACAACACCAAAUUACAGUAUCUGCAGAGGUAAAAGAGAAUCAAGUUGGAGCUGCUCUUCUCUCUGAAAUGGUUAUUGAAUAUGAGAGUAAUUGGGUCUUGACUGAGAGCCAUAACAAGGCUAGAAAGGAUGAUGAAUUCAUGUUAGCUGUGGAUUUUCAGCGUCUGCAUAAUUCAAGCUCUCAAUCUGAUACUAAUGACAAAAGUGGUCCUUGUGGGGAGGAAGCAGCAUCUUUGGAGACUAGUUAUUCUGAAAUAGAUUCACCAAUUAUCAUCAAGAUUGAUGAUAAUAUCCAUGGAAAGUCCGGUUUAAACGAGCCGCAUCCAGAUCUAAAGCCAGUGCAGAACACAGUUUCUGUUGCAAUGGAUAUUGAGAGUGAGGACCGAAGUGGAUCGGAUCCAACACUAUCAUCUUCUGUGCUUCUUGAUCAGUUGCUAAAGGAGAAUAACACGUGGAGAACAAGCUACCAGAAUGCUUUGGAAUCGAGUAGUGGCCCUCUAUGGGGUUUUUCAUCAAUUUGUGGAAUGAGACAGGAGAUGGAAGAUGCAAUUUCUGUUAAGCCUCAACUUUUUCAAGUCCCUUCACAGAUGCUAAUGGAUGGCCAUGUGAAUGAAAACACAAAAUACUCACCAGCCCACUUUUUUGGUGUCUAUGAUGGACAUGGGGGCUUUCAGGUUGCUAAUUGCUGCCGGGAACGUCUUCAUUCAGUGUUGAUUGAGGAGAUAGAAGCUGCACAAUCAAGUUUGGCUGAGUCAAAUGGGAGAGACAAUUGGCAGGACCAUUGGAAGAAAGCAUUCUCCAAUUGUUUUCAGAAAGUAGAUGAUGAGGUUGGAGGAAUUGGUGCAGCUAAUAGUGGAAACAACAGUGGGGGAUCUGAUUCUCAUAGUGAACCUCUUGCUCCUGAGACUGCUGGCUCCACUGCAGUGGUUGUCAUUUUAAGUCAAACCCACAUAAUAGUUGCAAAUUGUGGGGAUUCAAGAGCUGUCUUGUAUCGUGGCAAAGAAGCACUGCCAUUAUCUGCUGACCACAAACCAAAUCGAGAGGAUGAACGGGAAAGGAUAGAGGCUGCAGGAGGAAGAGUCAUACAUUGGAAAGGAUACAGAGUUCUUGGUGUCUUGGCAAUGUCAAGGUCCAUAGGUGAUAGAUACUUGAAACCAUGGAUAAUUCCAGAACCAGAAGUCAAUAUUGUGCAAAGAGAGAAAAACGAUGAGUGCCUUAUUCUAGCAAGUGAUGGUUUAUGGGAUGUAAUGACAAAUGAAGAAGCCUGCGAUGUUGCACGGAAGCGAAUCCUUAUUUGGCACAAAAAGUAUGGCAACAACGGGUCAACAGGACAAGGUGAAGGAGCUGAUCCUGCAGCUCAGUCUGCUGCAGAGUAUCUAUCUAGACUAGCCCUCCAAAGGGGAAGUCAAGAUAACAUCUCUGUAAUUGUGAUAGACUUGAAGGCUCAAAGAAAAUUUAAGAAAAAGACAUAAAAUAACUUGUUUUAUAUCUGGAAUAUCUUUAUGUAUGCUAUAGACUUUAACCUGUCAGUUUUUAACCAGUGCCAAGUAAUGUGAGCUAAAAUUCGCUGUGUUCAAA